AUGGAACGUAAGCAGUUAAUCAAUAAUAAAAACUAUAGUGACUUGACAGAAAGUUAUGGUCGGGCAUUGAUCGCACUAGCUACUAGUGAUGAACAAUCAGAAGAAAAUAAGAAACUCAUUCUUGAUACUAGUAAAAAUUUAUACCAAUUGUGUAAGAAAAUUGAUCAAAACGAUGACUUAGCAUUUGAAGGAUAUCAUUUAUCGGAAUUGUUGGAAUUAUUAGAUCGGGCUUUCACAAAUACAUAUGUAAUCAAACAUAUUCUAGAAGAUAAGAUCAAUGAAAAAUCAACAGCAAUACAUUACUUUAUAGAACUUUUUUUAUCUCUUUACGGAGCUCUGCUGGAUCCAGAACCUGAUGAACUUGAAAAACGUGCUGUCAAAUAUUUACUUCGAAUUCUAUUACAGAUUUCCAGUUAUCCAGAAUAUCUAAAACAAUUAAUUGAUAAUCAACAGUUUUGUAUAAUCAUAGAAAGUCUGGCUAAUCGUCCAAAACGAGAUGAUGCAAAGCGUAUUUGGUGUAAUAUUCAGCAAAUUAUGUCACCAAACGAACAGAAAAAAGAAAUGUCAUCAAAAAUCUACAUUAGUUAUGAUUAUACCGACGAAGAGUUUUGUAGAGAAUUUGUAAAAGAGUUGCGUAAGAGAAUGACAAUACCAGUUUGGGUUGACUAUGAAAAUAUUGAUCUGUCUGAUGAUAUGUGGGAAUACGUAUCUCCUAAUAUUAUAUCGGCAACAAUGGUUAUUAUCUUGGUAUCAACAGCUUACGGUGAUAGUACUGAUAAAUUUCAAGAAUUAUCUUACAUCAUUUCUACUAAUAAAUCAAGAGAUGAAAAGAAAGGCUUAAUCGUAGUCGUAAUUGAACCCAAUUUCAGUUUCAAUCGAUCUUGGAUGAAAGAUCUGUUACACGACAAGCCUAUGGUACCCUGCGAAAAUAAUAUUGAUCAUAUGGCUUGGAAUGUAUGUGAACAGCUUGGUAUGUUGAAGAAGCCACGAAUUAAAUGUCUAAAUUGGAUAUCCAAAAAUUUACGAAGAGAAACAGCUCAAUCCGAUGAUUUUUCAACCAAAACUUUGAAAUUGAUUCCAGAAAAUGAUAAAAUCUAUUCUCAAAAGGAAUCUUCACAAGUGGACGGCAGUACCGAUAUUUUACUUGCAUCAGAAAUACAUAAUUCACAGUCCAAUAUUACUGGAUCCGUCAGUGGUUCAACCUGGGUAUGA